AUGGGAACAGAGAGGGGUGUGGGUGAGCUGGGGGGGGGGCGGACAGAGGACGUGGAGGACCAGACCUUGAUCCUGCUGGGCUCGGCAGGGAGUGAGGGCCCGCUCAGGUGGGAGGAGCCGGGAAGGGAGGUGGUCUUACCCAGGAGGUGGAAGCUGCAGGCUCCUGCAGGGCUGGGCGCUGAGGUGGAGGUGCUUUUGGGUGUGUUCCUUGUCUCGGAUGCCUCUCGUGUUCUGUCUGAGACGAUGGUGCCCUUUUCUUCGGCCAAGGGUCUGUGCCCCCAGAACACGCCCUGCCCUGCCCGGCUCCGGCCCUCCCAGCCUGCUCUGGGCAGGGCGGGUACUCAGCUAGCAGGCACAGUGACGCUUCAGCAGGGCCAGGCUGCCCGACCUGCUGCUGUGUCUACCAUGGUAUCCUGCGGUCCAGUGUGCCUGUACGUGGGCCUCUGGGACUUUGAAGCCCGCACAGCUGAGGAGCUGAGCUUCUGGGCAGGGGACCUCUUCCAUGUGGACAGGAAGGAGGAGGAGUGGUGGUGGGCCGCGAGGCUAGACUUGGCUGGAAGGGGCCUGGCCCAGGGCUACGUGCCCUACAGCUACCUGGCCAAGAAGGAGACGGUGGAGUCAGAGCCAUGAGUGUGGUUCUCCGGCUGCAUCUCUCGCUCUGAGGCCCUGCACUGGCUCCAGGCAGAUGGCAAUGAGACGGGGGCCUUCUUAGUGAGGAUCAGCGAGAAGCCCGGCGCUGACUAUGUCCUUUCGGUCCGUGACAAGCAGACGGUGCGGCACUACAAGUUCUGGCGGCGCGCCGAGGGCUUCCACCUGAAUGAGGUCGUGUCCUUCCCCAGCCUGCGUGAGCCUGUGGCCUGCCACCACACCCAGAACCUGUCCCGCGGCCUGCGGCUCACCGCGCCCUGCUGGAAGGUAGCUGCCUCCCCACCCCACGAGCCCCAGCCGCUGCCCCACUGUGAUGACUGGGAGCGUCCCCAGGAAGAGUUUACACUCUGCAGGAAGCUGGGUUCUGGCUACUUCGCGGAGGUCUUCGAAGGGCUCUGGAAAGGGCAGGUCCGAGUGGCCAUUAAGGUGAUUGCCCGAGACGACCCGCAGCAGCACACAUUGCAGGCGGAGAUCCGGGCCAUGAAGAAGCUGCGGCACAAGCACAUCCUGGCGCCGUGUGCUGUGGCGUCCACGGGGGACCCUGUGUCCAUCAUCACGGAGCUCAUGCCUAAGGGGAGCCUGCUGGAGCUGCUGCGCGACUCUGACGAGAAAACCCUCCCUGUCUGGGAGCUGGUGGACAUUGCGUCGCAGGUGGCCGAGGGCAUGUGCUACCUGGAGUCACAGAACUAUAUCCACCGGGACCUGGCCACCAGGAACAUCCUUGUGGGGGACAACAUCUGCAAAGUGGAGCACUUCGGGCUGGCCAGGCUCAUCAAGGGUAUCUGCCUGUCCCAUGACCACAACGUCCCCUACAAGCGGACAGCCCCUGAAGCACUCUCCCGGGGGCACUACUCCACCAAGUCAGAUGUCUGGUCCUUCGGGGUUCUCCUCCACGAGAUUUUCAGCAGGGGUCAGAUACCCUACCCAGGCAUGUCCAACCACGAGGCCUUCCUGAGGGUGGAUGCCGGCUACCGCGUGCCCUGCCCCCCGGAGUGCCUCACCGUGCACAAGCUGAUGCUGGCCUGAUGGCAGCGGGACCCCGAGCAGAGGCCCCGCUUCCGAGCCCUGUAGGAAAAGCUCUUCAGCUUCGCCAGUGUGCCAGCUCCCGGGAAGUGCCUGCCCUCCCCAGCCAGUCCAACACCCAGGGGGCAGCACAGCUGGUACUCUCCUGGAGCCAGCGGACCUGUCUCGGUCCUGACCCGAAGCCCCUGGCUUCAUCGGGACAGGGCAGACCCCUCCUUUGCACAGGCUGGUGGGGCCUGGGCCCUGGCCCAGAUGGAAGGAAACCAAGGGGCCGUGGGGCGGUGGGGCGCUGCCGCCUCCUGCCGCCAGGGCCUCCGUGAGCCUCGUCUGGACACUUGUGGCCAAACUGUCCUCAGGAGCACCCCCAAGCCCUUCCGAGGGGCACCCAUCUCGGGCAGCUGGGGCCACGAAGCAGCGUAUGUUCCACAGGGGCUCAAGCAGGCAACACUCCUCGGAAGCAACAGGAGACAGCGCGGCCCAGCCCUCAGCUGCACAUGGCCAGGCUACAUGGAGCCAGGCCUGGCGGGGCUCACCAAGGUCAUUUGA